AUGAGCGGUGGGCCAGGCAAGUUUGCGAGUGAUCACCGGAUCACAGCCGAGCUAACGGCUGUGGCGAGUCGCGCAGAGAAUUUGAAGGCCUAUGAUCCUUUCGCAGACGUAGGCGACGAGGAUACAGAUGUUGGCAUAGGUUCAGGAGUGACCAAGCAAGAGUUUGAAGGCAAGAAAGGCUCGGGCAUCGUUCACGUGCGAGUGCAACAGCGAAACGGUCGAAAGACUCUGACGACCAUCCAAGGUAUCGACGAGAAGAAGUUCAGCCUGAAGAACAUCCUCAAGCACUUCAAGAAGGAGUACUCCUGCAACGGAACGCUUAUCGAAGACGACGAUCUAGGUCGCGUCAUUCAGCUCCAGGGCGACCACCGCGCCAAAGUCGCACCUUUCUUACUCGAGCUUGGCAUCUCCAAGGAGUCCAUCAAGCUACACGGCGCCUGA